AUGUCGCAGCACGGCUCGUCCCUCCUGGGCUUCGGCGUGUUGCUUUCCCUGUCAUUGAGAGCUGCAGGGCAAAUUGACCCAUCCCGAUCCUGCUUGGAGUCCGGUCAGUACUUCGACGCCGUGCGCUUGCAGUGUGCAAGCUGUACAGAGAUUGAUGGCCAGGCACGGCUGGUCCGGACCGCAUCCCCGCAAGCAGACGUAGCGAUCCUUGGUCGGGAACUAGAGCGGCUGGGGACCGACCAGUGCCAGUGCCUAAACGGCUUUGUUCAGUGCGAUGGCGGCGACGAGUGUUUCGCUGCGAAUCCGAACGACCUCAAUACCAGUGCUUUGGGAGCCAGUUUGUCGAGCUUCGUGGCACAGGGGCCCUUCCAAUGUCGGCAGUGCCCGCUGGCGAGUGACGGACAGCCCACGGCUCCAACACAAGACCGAAUGCGCUGUUUGCCCUGCCUUGUUGAUCAGACUGACCCAGAGACCACAGCAGGCUACUCAGACAGGUGGGGUGACUGCGUUUGUCCAGAGGGCAGCGCCCUAAAAGAGCGCACUAGCAAUGGCUCCUACCAGCUUCGCAAAACAUGCGUGAAGUGCGCAGAAGGGAUUCUCUUCAGUCCUACGUCCGAGCCACUCCCCAAUUACGACUGCAAUCCGUGUCCGGACUUUCAGCGAAUGUAUCGGCAGGCAUCCACUGGCCGGUGCAUCUGCCGGCAGGGUACGACGAAUGACGGCUAUUUGGAGGCAGGUGGGUCUUGCGUCAGUGCGGCCGAGUUCAACGAGAUCAACGACCGAUUCCCGGAGACUCCUGCCGUCAUCGUCGAGUUCCGGGAUUUGAUCGAUGGUCGUGAGAGCUGGUGGCAGAGUGGCCCUUUCGGGCAGUUCUUGGGGAUCGAGGCUCGGACAGGGAGCACCCUGCAGACUCUGAGCUUGGACUCUGCAGGGCAGGAUGUGCGAGUGACGAGUGCAGCGCUGCAAUGGCUAUACAUCCGAUGCGGCAUCGGCUGCCUUCGCGGCAAUGCCACGGCUUGCCAGUGCAUUUCCAACCUUUGCGUACUGCAGCUUUACGACGACCAAGCAACUGUCUGCAACCUCGUUCUGGAUCUGUACCAGGGCAAGCCUCGGGUGGAAGGCACCUCUGCAGUAGAAGACAUGCCCUGGCUCUACUACAGCCCCCAGCGGCCCGUGCAGACGCUCCAGGACGCAAGCCUGAACUGGAGAUACACUUUCGCAGACGUUUUGGUGUUCUGGCUGGCCUCAUAUUCCCUGGAGGGGUCUUGGCUCGGAUGGACGAAGCUGGAGUCGCAACUGGAUCCAUGUGCCAGCUUUGUCUCCACCUCCGCAAAGCCAAGAAGCCUUCCAUCGGCCUGGCGCCGCUUUGGAAGCUCACUCCGCUCACAGUGUAACAUCCUGGCUCGCAGUGUUCUGGACUGCGGCGCCAACCCAGUUCUCUACGACUUAUUUGUCGAGAACACAGAUGGCAUCCUGGUGCCAGUGCCGGUUCGCAUUUUGAACCUCGUCCAAAACGGGCAACGCCCCAACUUGGGAGAGAAAGGAGGAGACGGCGAGAACGACGUCUUGGUCCGUCGCUUCCUCCUCUGCGACGCCGUGUCCGGGCGCGAGAGCGGCCCGGGAGGGCCAGGCCAGGCCUAUCUGUCGAAGGCCGGGUACCUGCGAGUGGUCCGCUGGGCAGCGCAUCUGGCAGUGCAGGUGCGAGUGCGUCCCGAGGGAGACGGCCAGGUCUAUGUGCCGGUCGUCAGCAUUGCAUAUGCCGAGAAGAGGACUGACAACCUGCAGGAGGACACCACUCUUCCAGGCAGCUUUGCUGCAGAGUACACAAUGGACACAUCUGGCUACUGGACUGCCGUCACGAUCCUUUUCGUGCUCCUAUUGUUCUCCCUACUGGGGCUGGUGACAUUCCGACUGUGUCUCCUUUCUCAGCGAUAUCCGAAUGUGCCAGUCUUUCCCGACCCACACCUUUUCGCUCCAAGACUCGUCUUGCAGGUGCUGGUGCUGUGCUCAACGACUUCUUCACUGCUCUUUUGGUUCCAGUACUUCAUGACGCUCUUCUGGUUAAUCAUGUUCAAGGGGCAGAAUGUACCCCUCCUCUUACUGCCAUCGGCACUGGGAGGCGGGCAAUACGAAGCUCACGAUGUCAUGCUGGUUCUUGUCUUUUGCUUGGCGGUCUUCACGGUCAGCUUCGGUUUGUGGAAGCACCUUCGAGUCUUCUUCUUUUUGGUUGACUGGGAAAAGCCUCGCGGUGAGCGGGAGACUCUCAUGGCGCAGGCGCCCGUCCAGACGUCUCAGCCUCCGCCUCCGCCGCCACCCGGCGGGCCACCGGGCGGCCCUGCUCCACCGGCACCGCCGGCACCUGGAAGUCAGUUGGUUGGCGCUCCCCUGCUGAGCGGAGGCUUUGCACAAGGCUUCCCGCCGAGUGAUGCCAACACGGAAGUUGCCAUUCCUGACUCUGGCAUCUCUGCCUGGAGGACCCUAUUCGUUUGCAACGAACUGAACGAACGCCUGUCCGCCAUACGCGCAGUUCCUGAAGUAACCUGGCUGUCCGUGGUGUUGCUACUGGACGGCUUCAACUGGGUAAGUGCGGCGAGAUGGAACACGCACACUGAGAGCGAGCUUUCGUCUUUGGCGGCAGACUUGAACCCAUUCCUGCAGUUUGCUUUGGGAGUAAGCGUCUGGAUCUUCGUCCUGACGCUACAGUUCCUCCUGCAGCGCGUCGGCAGCAUUUUCUUGGGUCACGACCUCAACGACUUUGUCGACGUCUGUUCGAUAGCCAACGUGUCAGUGUUCAUUCUGGACGAGCCUUUUCAUGGGUACUAUAUCCAUGGAAAAGCACCCAGCAGCCGUGGGGACUGGGGCCACACAGAGCUUGAACGAGUCUUGCACGAUGAAGACAAGGGCAUCGGCUUCAACCGCGGGCUCACGCCAGAUGGUUGCCAGACAUUCGAGAUGUUCUUGGCACCUGACACAGCGGUGCAGCUUCCCAAUGGCAACGUGGCGCAUUUUCGGCAGGAGCUGGGCAAGGUCUUCGUUGAAGUGCAGCAGACCCAAGACACUGUGCGAAGAAGAGAUCCGCCCAAGCCGAUCUCGCAGGAUGUAGCGCAGAUGUCGCAGCACCGUUGCAAUGUUCAGCUGCUCGUGGAUGCCAUGGUGAAUGCAGUGAUGCGGGGAGCCGGUGAUGUCAUACAGGUGCGAAGCAGCUUCAACUGGUUCUGGGGGACUGGCCCCGCAGGAGGAGUGGGGGCCUUGCCGCAUCCCGUCUUCUACAAAGACCAAGAUGGUACCUCAUUCCCCAACGGUCUUGGGUGGGCAUCUUCGCUUGCUUAUGGCGCAGAGCUGCGGGUGUGUGGUGUGGCCCUGCCAACGGGAUUUGAAUGGCACUUAGGGUUGCUCGAGCUCAUGACUUUCUCCUUGCUUUGGCGCUUUCAGGGCUCUGUGGUUCUGGCUGCAGGCCUGGCCUAUGUCGUGGAAGGGACAACACAGAAGCUUCACGACCGUCUCGAAGACAGUCUGAAAUCAGAGCUCCAAAAAGUACAGAGAGAGUUCCAGGACUUGAAGCAACUGCAGGGUCAAGUCGCAGAAGAUCUUGGACGGGUGCGCGAUGAUGUUGGGCAGUUGAAGUCCGCUCCGCGAGAGGCAGAGCCGCCGCCGCCGUCACCAUCCAAAGGUGCCGAGUUCGAUCCAGCCGAGUUGGAGAAGCGCAUGGACCGCAGGAUCGGCGACCUGCAGGAAGCAACCCGGAAGCUCCUCGAUGAUCGCCUCGAUGAUGUUGCUCGGAAAGCAGCCCAGGCAGCCUCCGAGAAGCUUCAAGCCGAGAAGGUGCCGGCACCUCCGACCCCGUCGCCAGUCCCUUCGCCAGACAUGGGAGAAAUGCGGAAAGCCCUCGAGGAGUUCCGGCAGCAGAUGGCCGUUGAGGUGUCCAAAGCGACGGCGGCCAGUGUGGAGGAUGCCAUCAAGAAGCUGCCUGCACAGGUGCCUGCAGCAGUGGAGGUCGCGAAGGCCGCACCUCCGCCCAGCCCGAAGGCUGAACCACCCAGUCCUAAACCUGCACCGGCGGCCGAAGCCGAAGCCCUCAACGAAAUCGCCUUGGUCUCGCAGCCGGCACAGCUUGUGGAGCCCUCAGAGCCGUCGGAGCCCGAGCCGCCGGAGCCGCAGCAGACUCAGCAGACGCCCCAGCAGACCGAAGUGUCGCGACCAGAGCUCACAUUGCCAGAGACUCCCCCGGCGGCACCAGAACUCGAGGUGCCCGGUUGGGGAGCCUUGUCCCCCAGGUAUCAGCAAGCGCUGAAGGAGAGACUUGCUCAAUGUGAGACGGAAGACGAGAGGCGGCGCUUCAUGGUCUCCUUGGCUACGGAAAGAACGCGGCCGCGGAAACCGAGGAACACCGAACCUUCGAAUAUCGAGCUUUCUUGGGGCGAGCUGCUCUCCCCAAAGGAUGCUGACCGCGCAAAGCUCCCGUGUUUGACGGAAGAGAAGGUGAAGGCAGACAAGGCGGAAGCAGAGAAGGUGGAGCAACCUCCCCCCGUCCAGUUGGGUGGCUUCCAGAAGAAAGAGCCGACGGAGAAGCGUGACACUGCCCUGACUCGACGGGCCUUCGUAGGAGGACUGGCAUCCUUUCUCCAACGGUGCCGCCCAGACCUUAUGGUAGCCCCAGCAACAUCUUCGGCUUCUGCACCCGCAGCAGUGCCGCCGAAAACUGGAACAGCGGCGGCAACGUUAGCUGUGCCGGCUAGCACGCCGGCCACAGCGACUGCCACAGCAACUGCCAGCAUGCUGACCAUGGCGCCCGCAUCCGCACCACUGGCCCUCACUAGUGCGGCCACGUCGAAGCCUCCCCCGUCGGCGUCUUCGUCUGAUCCUCCAUUGCCACUACCCCCUCCUGCAGAUCCCCCCGCACCGGUUGCCGCCAAAGCAAGUGAAGCCAUAGCACAGCCAACUUUGCAGCGGGCUGCCUCGGCGUCUGUUGACACUGCGAACUUCGUGGCACCGGCUGGGGCGGCAAAGCCUGCUCAGCCGGCUCCCUCUCCAUCUCCCCAGCCUCCGGCGAUUCCGAGCUUGCCAGCACCUCCCACACCGCCAAAGGCGACGACACAAGCUGCAAAUCCCGAGCCUUCCCCUUCUCCAGCACCUUCCCCUUCUCCAGCAAUCUCCAAGACGGCUUCAAACACACCCUCCGCACCCAAAGCACCCAUUGCACCAGCAGCACCCCCAGCGGCGCCAGCGCCUCCUGCCACAGCUGCUACUGGUCUUGGCAGGACUCCUGCUGCGCCCGUGCCUAAGCCCAGGCCUUAG